CAUAUCCGCAGUCAGCUCUCUGUGUAUUUAGUUUGAUGGAGAUAGAUGGUAACUUUACAAGUGGUAAUUUCUUUGGGUCUGAUGGUGAUGUAACAAAUGAUUUAUGGAGGGCUAAUGAUGGAUCUACGGUUUCACCAAGACAUGGAGCAGAUUGCUCCAAUCCAAACAUCGCCGCAAACAACUUUUUACGUGACUACAACCUUAUGGCAGACCCUGCAGUUCAGAUAUAUGAUCCUCCACUUACCAUGGUUGGUGAUCGAUUCUCUAAUCUUGAAAUGACAGAUGAGUCAUUCAUUAUUUCAUCAGAAAGGGGAUGUCUGUACAAGUUUGACAUUUCUACUCUCAGUGGAGAUCUAGGUAACCCUUGUCCUCUGAAUGGUACUAUUGAAGAGUCUCCAAUUAAGGAUUUGGAGAUCCACAAUGAUGGCUAUAUGGUCACCACAACUGAUAGUGCUUAUGAAUUGAGCUCAUGUAUUCCAUACUGUGUUACAGCAGUAUUUCCACAACCUGGUGACUACGCUGUACGACCGAACUCUACCUUCAACAUCUACGCUGAAAAAACAUUCAACUCUAUUACUAUUACGAACAUCACUAAAGGAGAGAUCACUGAUGGCAGUUAUCUUCUCUUGAGAAAUGAGACUUUGGAUGCUGAUGAUUCACUUGUCCACUAUCAGAUCCUGAUUUUAGAUGAAACCAAUGUGAUGAUGACAGGAUGCAAUGGGACGAAAGAAUUCAACAUUUCCUUGAUUCAGUCUGGUAUGUUAAAGAUAAAUGCCAGUUGUGGUAACGAUUUCAAAAUGAGUUCGUACAGAAUCCAAUGAAAUGACCACUAAAGUGUCUGUUUGUAUAAAUAGAAAAUAUGUGCCAAAGGAUUCUGGAAGAAAUUGUGUAAUUGCUGAGAAAUUAGCAAAUAAGCAUGGGAUUCGGAUCAAACGUCGGGCCGACAUUCAAAGCAAUAAUAAUACACUGUCCCAUGUGCGCUUAUCUGUGUUGGUGAUCUUCAGUGUGAACAUUUUUCAGCGUAGAUUUCAAGAUUUCACAAAUUUCAGUUUAUGUUACUGUACCAGAUCUAGAUCCUCGAUGAUAUAAUGACAAUUAAGCCUGGUUUUACAGACUUUCUCGUGAAAUCAGUGUUUACUGCAACUACUUUCAUUUAUCUUUAAUAUCAUUUUUUCUCUAAGAGGUUUUUGCAUUUCCCGUUUUAUUUACUUCAAUAACUGGGAUUCAUAUGCUUAUUCAUUCAGAUGAAUGCCUAAACCAAAGACAACACACACAAAAUUCCUUGCGCGGUGAUCCAUAUCCCUGACCCGAGCAUUACGCCCAGUCGACCAAUCACAGCCAUGUCACUUCCUCUUUUCACUUCGUGUCUUCACCAGCUUAAGACAUCCGAAGCUAAGUCUCUCUCCAACAUUAGAAUUUUAAUGUUUGGAGACUUCUUUUAUUGGCUUCUUGUUGUUUAUAUGGCUCAUUUUUGUCUCACCUGCAUAGCAGAGUGAGACUAUAGGCGCGGCUUUUCCGACGGCGGCGGCGGCGUCAACACCAAAUCUUAACCUGAGGUUAAGUUUUUGAAAUGACAGCAUAACUUAGAAAGUAUAUGGACCUAGUUCAUGAAACUUGGCCAUAAGGUUAAUCAAGUAUUACUGAACAUCCUGCCUGAGUUUCAUGUCACAUGACCAAGGUCAAAGGUCAUUUAGGGUCAAUGAACUUAGACCAUGUUGGGGGAAUCAACAUCAAAAUCUUAACCUAAGGUUAAGUUUUUGAAAUGUCAUCAUAACUUAGAAAAUAUAUGGACCUAGUUCAUGAAACUUAUACAUAAGGUUAAUCAAGUAUCACUGAACAUCCUGCAUGAGUUUCACGUCACAUGACCAAGGUCAAAGGUCAUUUAGGGUCAAUGAACUUUGGCCGAAUUGGGGGUAUCUGUUGAAUUACCAUCAUAACUUUGAAAGUUUAUGGAUCUGAUUCAUGAAACUUGGACAUAAUAGUAAUCAAGUAUUACUGAACAUCCUGUGCAAGUUUCAGGUCACAUGAUCAAGGUCAAAGGUCAUUUAGGGUCAAUGAACUUUGGCCAAAUUGGGGUAUUUGUUGAAUUACAGCCAUAAAUUUGAAAGUGUGUUGGUCUAGUUCAUAAAACUUGGACAUAAUAGUAAUCAAGUAUCACUGAACAUCCUGUGCGAGUUUCAGGUCACAUGAUCAAGGUCAAAGGUCAUGUAAGGUCAAAGAACUUUGGCCACGUUGGGGGUAUUUGUUGAAUUGCCAUCAUAUCUCUAUAAGUGUAUUGGUCUAGUUCAUAAAACGUGGAAAUAAGAGUAACCAAGUAUCACUGAACAUCUUGUGCGAGUUAUAGUAGUUUUCAAAAUCAGCACUGCUGCUAUAUUGAAUCGCGUGAUGCAGGUGAGACGGCCAGAGGCAUUCCACUUGUUGUUGUAUAUCAAUCUGAGUCUAGAUUGAACACACUAGCGCAAGUUUUUGUGUAUUUUUUUACCCUUUUUGGGCUUCUACUUUUGAGCUUGUUUUGCAGUCAUACGUUGCUCGUAUGGAUGGAGAGCUCAAUAGAGCUUCUCCCCCGUACCUCUCGCGUGCCUAUUACCUUGCGUUGGUAAUCCUUUGUGCUGGACUUGAAAUUAUUCUUGUUUGCCUUGAAUUCUUUUUCUGCAUCUUGUCUUGAAUUAAUUCUCGUUCUGAUUUCUCCGUAUUAAGGCAGAGUUGUCUUGCGUCGCCAUUUUUAUUAUUAUUGUUAGAAACUCUCGGUCUCUCUUCUGUAGAGUGACUAUUGUUUUAACCCCCCUUUGUUUGCAAUUAAUUUAUUUUGAUUUUUUAAACUUUUAAAUUAAUCCAUGUGAUUGAUUUUUUAUUUUGUUUCCUGUCUCAGACGGUCUCUAUUUUUCUUCGUUUGGCUUCAUGUCUUGUCCUUGGACCUUUGUUCUUCAAAGCUACCUAUUUAAUUAAUUAGCGAUAAUUAUCUUGUCUUAAUUAAUUUCAAAAAAAAAUUCAGGGCUUCAUUGUCUCCGGACUCAAUGUUUAAGAAGUUGGUCCUGUUUAUUGAUUACCUGAAUUAUUAAUAUCAUAAUUAAUAAUUUCGGAAAGGGACCUUGUUUCCUCUACCUUUCUUGCCCACCCCCCUCUGCCCUUCCUCUGUUCUCGCCGCUCUUUUUGUUCUUUCAGGUUAAGAACUUACAUGUACCAGGUAGAUGAGCUCUUUCGACUAAUCUGUUGAUGACUCCAAGUCUGCCACUGGGAAAGAACCUAAAUGGUAUUUUUGUUCCCGAAAUCAGCGGCGGUGAGUAUGAGGGCAAGAGAGUACGACCCACUCAGUAGGGCUCUAUAAAGAGUGGAACCGUGGUUUGCGUCCACGUGCCCUGAGAAAGAAUGGUGGAACCGUGGAACCGUGGAGUCGCACCCACGUGCCCUGGCAUUUAGGGUGGAACCUAUUUUUGGGGAGUGUUGUACUAGUAGAGAAAACCUCAACUCCUCCAGGGCUGUUUGACCCACUGGCUAUCAGGUCCAACAAGUCUUGGUUUAGAGCAUGGGACUCUUUUCCUGGCACAGACUAGGCUUGAUGUUUGUCAGUCUCCAUCAGGGAGCAUCAGCAAAGGGCUACCAGUCCCUAGUCGCUAGAGACACGUGAGCUUGACCCGUCGAACUCACGAUAAUCUGAUCAGGGUGGAACCGUGGAAUUGCAUCCACACGCCCAAGAAUGUGGAAUCGCGUCCAUGUGCUUGAACGGCUUGAUCAGAUUCGGGUGACAUUUCUCAUGAGAGAUAUCACCUCCCCCCAGUCUCUUGUGCCCCCCCCCCCCCCUGCGGGGCCCGC